AUGAGUGCAACACUUAAAGAACAACUAAGGAAAACUAGAUCUUCAUUUAAUUCCUGUUCCAGUGUGGUAAAGCGUCUUAAAGUAGAAAAUGAAGAAAAUAAGAUCUUUUCAGAAAAAAUGUCUUCAACAGAAGAAAACUGUUUGAAAUUUCGAGAAAGUAUUAAACAUAUAGACAAUGAAUCUGAAGAAAAUACAUAUUUAAAAAAUAUCUUCAAGAAUAUCAAUGUAUGUGAAUCUAAGUCAGUUGAUACUGGGUCAUGCAGUGAUCUCCAGGAUGACUUUGUGAAUGAGAAUCUUCCCAAAAAAGAAUUAAAUGAAAAAUCAAAAUUAGUGAAGCAGAUUCAGGAGAAAGAAGGUCUUCUGAGGCUAAAACUAGCCAAAAUGUAUAGAUCAAAGAAUGACCUGUCUCGGUUACAGUUGUUAAUAAAGAAGUGGAGAAGCUGUAGCCAGCUGUUGCUUUAUGAGUUGCAGUCAAGUUAUAUCUGAGAACAAGAAACUCAGCCUCACUCAGUUGAUCGACCAGUAUGGAUCAGAUGAUAAAUUUCUACACUUUAACAGAAGUGAAGAAGCAUUUAUAGAUGUUUAAUUCAUAAUUUUUUCAAGAAUAUCUUUGAGAAUGACAACUUAAAAGAUACUUAUAUAUUUUAAAUGGAAGGUAUAAACUAUUAGGGGUUAGAGAAAGGUAUCUUGAUGAACAUCAAUUUAGGGCCUUUUAUAAAAAUAUA